AUGACAGCCGGGUGCCAAGUGCGCAUGCGCAAGAAGCGGUGCUUUUUGUGAAUGGUAAGGCGGUACCUGGGACACAUGACAGAUCCCAUAAGCCGCCAGACCAAUCACAAAGCGCAAGUGCUUCUCGCUCAUGCGCACUGGGCACCCGGCUGUCAUGCCGAGCGCCAUUACAGAAGCCGGGAAGACAGCGCGCGGCUGGAUCGAGGAACAGGUAAGAUCAAACAAAAACUCUGCGGAAGUAAGAGCGGUUUAAAAUUUUGGCUCUUUGUGUCUAACUUGUUCGCCACCCCUGUGCUAUACAGUUUAUUACAUUUUUGUUUUUAAGUUUAGAUACACUAAACUAGUGUGGACCAGUAGUGGUAGGUGU